UACGGUACAACAUUGCACAGCGGGGAUUGCCGUAUCCGCGUAGCAGAGAAUCCCGGCCGCCAAUGAAGACCCGACUUCUUCCGUUCAACGGCUUUUCGAGCGGAAUUUCCAAAUUAGAAUAUAUUUAGAUAUUUAAUUGCACUUUCUUCUCAACUACGCACAACCAACAACGAAUCUCUUCAGAGCAACUACUUGACAUUUCUUUUUCGAAAAUUUUCAGCUCACCGGAAUUUGAUGAGCUUCUCUGUAUCAGGAAAUGAUGAUCUUCUGUAAGUGUUAGGGAUUUUUGGGAUUUUUUUUUGGUUUGGUUUGGUGUUCGAUGGAUACAGCGGGAACUCAUAGGCAAUCGUUCGGUCAGACGGAGAUUAAUUGGGACAAGCUUGACAAAACUAAGUUCUACCUUGUUGGAGCUGGAAUUUUUUCUGGAGUUACAGUGGCACUUUAUCCCAUUUCAGUUGUGAAGACCAGGCUGCAAGUUGCUUCACAUGAGUCCAUAGAAAGAAGUGCUGUUUCUGUCAUCAAAGGCCUACUAAAAACGGAUGGGAUUCCUGGUCUAUAUAAAGGUUUUGGCACUGUCGUGACAGGAGCAAUACCUACCAGAGUUAUAUUUCUUACCGCAUUAGAGACAACCAAAGCUGCUGCUUUCAAGAUGGUGGAACCAUUCAAAUUGUCAGAGCCAACACAGGCAGCUAUAGCAAAUGGGGUUGCUGGCAUGAUGGCAUCUCUUUGUUCACAAGCUGUAUUUGUUCCAGUUGAUGUGGUUAGUCAAAGAUUAAUGGUGCAAGGGUAUUCUGGCCAUGCGACCUAUAACGGGGGCUUGGAUGUUGUGCGCCAAAUUAUAAAGGCUGAUGGGGUUCGUGGAUUUUAUAGAGGCUUUGGUCUCUCUGUUAUCACUUAUUCUCCAACCAGUGCUGUCUGGUGGGCUAGUUAUGGUGCAAGCCAACGCUUCAUCUGGAGACUCUUGGAUGAUAGCAUUUCAGCUCCAAGCGAAGAGAAGAUCAUGGCGGUUCAAGCUGCUGGGGGGAUUUUUGCUGCUGCAACUGCAUCAUGCAUAACAACCCCAAUGGACACCAUUAAAACCCGCCUUCAGGUGAUGGGCCAUGCAAAAAGACUCAGCACAAGGCAAGUAGUUAAAAGUUUGAUUGCUGAUGAUGGAUGGACUGGAUUUUAUAGAGGACUGGGCCCAAGAUUUUUCAGCAUGUCUGCUUGGGGAACCUCAAUGAUUCUGGCCUAUGAAUAUCUAAAACGCAUGUGUGCAAAAGAUGAAUAGACUCAUCAACCCUGUCCCGUUAAGUUACUUUUCCUCAGUAGGUGACACAGAUUUCUUUCACACUGUCCAUAGAGAGACACGCUGCUGAAGAUAUAGUAGAUAUGUUAAACUUUUGCAGAUAAACAAGACAGCUUGGCUAUAGAAUCUGAUCAUUCUGCCAAACUACUGAAAACGUUGAUGCCAUAAUUCUUUUCUGGAGGAUUACACAUUAUAAUUAUUACAUUGAAGCAACCUCAGAGUGUAAUAUUGUAUUCUUGAUCCAUUCUUGACCGAAGAAGGGAACUUAAUGUAACUGUACCUAAUGUAAUUGUACUUCUGAGUCCAAAUUAUUUGUGUUGCUGCUCAACCUUCAUUUGUCAGGAA